AUGCCCGGAAAAGUUUUAAGUGUUAAAGGCGCGUUUUUCUGGUUUAGUGCGAAAAUUUGGUCCAGCAAGCUUUACGAAAACUUGCAGGAACUGCGGGAGUUCACAGGAGCAGAGCAACUGCGCAAGGUAUGGGCAUGAACAUCGUUAAUCAUAGAUUUUUACUCGUCCAUUGGAUUCUCUUGACCAACCACCGAUCGCUUUUUCCCUUUGAAUGGAAAUCCAAUUUUAUCGAAUGACAAAAACGACCAUAUUUUUAUUAAAAUACCUGCUUCAGAUGUACCAGAACCCAGCUUUUCAAGUUCAAGAGGUUACGGAUUCAUACUCACAGCAACUUUUGAACGAUGCACUUGAGAAGGUUGUCAGCAACCUUCGGAAGAAAGAAAACAUCCUCCAGGUAUGUUAACCGCCAAAUGUUCAGUCUCACACGGUGAGGGAUUUUUUUGCCUUGAUGUGACUUAUUAUUCUGACAAAACAAACCAUAGCACAUUGCACAAAACAUUAAAAU